AUGGCUACCCGUACCAUUGAGGCGCGCUUUGAGCGCAUGUCCGUCAACGACGAAAACGAUCCCAUUGGCGACGGCUCCAAGCUCUACAGCAAGAGCAAGACUAUCUCUUCGACAUCAACUCAUGGUGCAACCCGUCCCAACCUCUUCAAGGUCGCCCUUCAGUCACAAAGCAGUAAUGCCAACGCCGCCGUAAUGCUGCCAUCCCAGGCUGCUCAACGAAAAGUCAACCCUGCUCCCCCCCCCUCUCCCACAAGAAAAGCCCUUCCAUCGUCUUCAAGAACAUCAGAUGAGGCUUCCGAGGAUCGAAAAUCAGUCACUCUACCAGAACAAAUGAGCGUCCCCAAGCAGUUCCACCUAGGCAUGUUCGAAAUCGGCCGCCCUCUGGGUAAAGGCAAGUUUGGACGAGUCUACCUUGCUCGAGAGAGAACAACAGGCUUCAUCUGUGCCCUCAAGGUCCUCCACAAGAACGAACUGCAGGCCGGGCGGGUCGAGAAGCAGGUUCGUCGAGAGAUCGAAAUUCAGAGUAAUCUGAGACAUCCCAACAUCCUUCAACUCUAUGGCCAUUUCCACGAUAGCAAGCGAGUAUUUUUGAUUCUGGAAUUCGCUGGCAAGGGUGAGCUGUACAAGCAUCUUCGAAAAGAGAGCCGAUUUCCUGAGUGGAAGGCUGCCCAGUACAUUGCCCAAAUGGCCUCAGCUUUACGAUACCUGCACCGAAAGCAUGUUAUUCACCGAGACAUCAAGCCCGAGAACAUCUUGGUUGGCAUCCACGGUGAAAUCAAGAUCUCGGAUUUCGGAUGGAGCGUGCAUGCCCCCAACAACCGAAGGAAGACCAUGUGCGGAACUCUUGACUACCUCCCCCCUGAGAUGAUCAAGCCCGGCACCUCUGAUAACUUCUACAACGAAAAGGUUGACCUAUGGAGUUUGGGUGUCCUGACGUAUGAGUUCCUCGUGGGUGAGGCGCCUUUCGAGGAUACGCCAGUAAUGACCCAACGAAGGAUCGCUCGUGCUGAUAUGUCUAUCCCUACAUGGGUCAGCCCUGAAGCUACGGAUCUCAUUAAGAAGCUGCUUGUGCUGGACCCUGAGAAGCGAAUUCCUCUUGAGCAGAUCCAACAACACCCUUGGAUCAUCAAACACUGCGUAAAGGGCGAGCGCGCCUCUAACCGCGAAAAGGGCCAAUAA